AUGAUGAUGAAUAAUACGGUUCUGCAAGCUUUUGCUAUUGAUUGUACUGUAAUUAGUUCGAGUCAUCUUGUUGUAGAAGCUAAUGCUAAGGAUAUAUUCACUGCUACCACAGAAUUGAAGGAAAUCCUUAAAUCUCCUGCCGUAAUAGGACAACUUGCUUCUUUGUUAACCGUUUCCCAAUUUCCACAAGUUCGACAGUAUGCCGCUAUCUUACUUAGACGAAAGAUAUCAAAGUUGUGGAAUAAAUUGGAUUCUGAUUCACGUUUCAGGAUGAAGCAAUUAUGUUUACAAGCAUUGACACAAGAAUCAAUCAAAAUCGUUCAACACUCUAUCGCCGAAAUUAUAAGCGUAAUUGCAAAAUACGACUUACCUGAAGGAAAUUGGAAUGAGUUGAUGAUCCUUCUUAGUGAGUAUACCAAAAGUCCCGAUGGAAAGCUAGUAGAAAUUGGAAUGCACGUGUUAAAAUCUAUUUCGUCUAAUGGUGGAGAAACGCUAAAACCUUAUUUGUCGUCACUAUUUCCUUUAUUUGGUGCUUGCCUAAGUAAUACUGACAACGUCAUUAUAAGCUCAUAUGCUUUAGAAGUAAUGACCAAUAUUAUGGAUUAUUUAGGUCCUAAUGAUAUUGCUAUCAUAAAACCUUUCAUUCCCAAAGCCAUAGAUGUUAUAAAGAAACUGUUAACAACUGAUGAGAUCAGAGCUCAAGAAGCUAUGGAAUUCUUCGACCAAAUAGCAGAGUCUAAUAUUAACUUGUUAAAUUCCAAUCUAUUAGAAGUUAUUCAAUUUUGUCUUCAGAUUGCUCAAAAUGAUCAAUUUGAAGACAGCACACGUUGCAAAGCCUUAUCGUUUAUAAGUUGGGUAACAACUCUUAAAAAGAAGUCGAUGUUAAGAUUAAACCUGGUUCCAACGGUACUGGAAGUGAUAUUUCCUAUAUUGUCAUCUUCUGCUUCGAGCGAUGACACUGAUAUGGAUGAUGAUGAAAGUGAAAACUCUGUUGUAACGAAUGCUGGGCAGCUUAUUGACGUCUUUGCCCUACAUCUACCGCCUGAAACGUUCUUCUCUUUCUUAUUUCCUUAUAUUGAUCGAUACUUCAAUAGCCAGGAACCUUUAAAAGUGAAAGCCGCACUUGUUUCUAUCGCUGUCGUGGCUGAAGGCUGCAGUGAAUAUAUACGAUUCAAAUUGUUAGAUAGAAUGGUUAUGUGCAUUGGGAAAGGUAUAGAAAGCCAUCAUGAGAUCGUACAGAACGCUGCAUUGUAUGCUUUGGGACAAUUUGCUAUGUAUUUACAGCCCGAUGUAAAUAAAUAUGCACCAAAUAUACUGCCACUACUAUUCAAUCAUUUGGGGAAUCUAGUUAAGAAAGCCACUGCUAACAAAACUUUCGCAAUCUCACGUGCCUACUAUGCGCUUGAACAAUUCUGUGAACAUUUAGAUGCCGAUAUUAAUCCAUAUCUUCAGUCCCUUCUAGAAAUGCUUUUAGCGACUUUGAAUAAUACACAGAUUUCGUUUAUUAAAGAAUUAGCCAUAAGUGCUCUCGGCGCUACAGUUAAUGCUGCCAAAGAUGCAAUUAGACCGUAUUUUCAGGGCAUUGUGGACAUUUUAAAACCUUAUAUCAUAUUGCACGUGGCCGAUUCCGGAGAAUGUUUUGACUUAAGACUUCAGGCCAUUGAUACCCUUGGGUGCCUAAUUCGGUGCACCAAUGAAGAAAUUUUGGGCAGCUUUGCCGAAGAGUGUGUCCAAUUAGGCCUGAUUCCAACUGGUAUUGGAGACGGUCCAUUGUCUGGUCUUAUAGACUUCGAAGAUAACGGUAGUGAUGAUGACGAUGAUGAUAAGUAUUGCGAGGUUUCUAAUGCGUUUCUCGCUGAGAAAGAAGAUGCGUGCAAUUCGAUAAGUGAAAUUGCAAAAAACAUAGGUAAUAGCUUCCUCCCCUAUCUUGACGAAUCAUUAAUUGAAGUUAACAAGUUGAUAACGUCUGAAUGGGAAAAUAUCCGAAAAGCUGCAGUAUCAUGUUUAGCCACACUUUGCCGCCUUCUGUAUGCCUGCCACCUACAAUUUAAGAGUGGAAGUGCACCAACGGUUUUUAAGGCGUUGGAGAAUUUACUAAACACCGUAAUACAGAUAAUUGGAGAAGAUCCAGAUCGAAUAGUGGUGAUAGCUGCCUUGGCUGCUGCUGAAGAAAUCAUGCGUGAUUUACGGGAAGACUUUGUAAACCAAUGCCCAGAGUUAUUUCCUGGAUUUAUCAGAAUUGUAGCAAGAGUCUUAAACAAUGGUGUUGCUUGUCAAGAUAAUAGCGAUAAUGGAGAUGCAGAAGAAAUUGAUGAAGGCAUUGCGGAGUACGAUGGAUUGGUGGUAGAACACGCUGGUAAUCUAUUGCCAAUAAUUAUAAAUUUAGUGGGCGGAGAAAAUUUUGCCCCUUCAUUUGGUGAAAUUUCGUCCUUACUAGUAAAAAGAAAUCGUCCAUCCUCUUCAGUAUCGGAGCGUUCGUUUGUUAUAGGAACCUUAGCUGAGAUGAGUGCUUCAAUGAGGUCUGCAAUAAAACCGUUCGUGAAAGAUUUAUAUCCACUCUUUUUGUCAUCAACUGAUGACGAAGAAGAUGAUGUUUGCAAUAAUGCAAUUUAUGGAUUAGGUUUACUAGCGCAGCAUGGUGAUCAAGUUAUGUACGGAAACUACAUGGCUAUUUUACAAGCAUUAUUUCGCGCAGCACCUAAACGAGGCAAUAGAUGCCGCCAACUAUUGGAUAAUAUAUGUGCUUGUGUUUCCAGACUAAUUAUAGCAAAUGAUACACUUGUGCCUAUAGAUAAUGUAUUCCCACAAGUUGUAUCUAAUUUACCACUAGUAGUGGACAAGGAGGAAAACAAAGUAGUUUUUACAAGUAUCCUCAAAUUACUAAAUGCUGGACAUGCUCAGGUAUUUAGCCAUAUGGACCGUUUAAUAGUCAUCUUCGCUACGGUAUUAUCUGACAGCGAAGUCGAUGAGGAUACUGUCACUAUUAUCCAUCAUAUUGUAGCUAAUGUGCGUCAGCGCUUUCCUGCCGAGUUUGAUAAAGUCGUUGCAACGAUGAAUGCAUCUCAGAAAGCUGCUAUGCUAGCUGUUUUUGAAGGAAAAUCCAGCUGA